AUGUGUAAAGUACAGAUGCUGAGAGCGUUGGUGAAGCAGCGACUAACUGCGGCUGUUGAAGAAAUAUUUGUAGUGUUGGAAAGAACGAUAACAGAGUACGAGGAGGAACUUUCCCGAACAAAGGAGGAGAACGAGCGACAACGUCAACUACUGGACGCUGUUUGCAAGAAGCAUAAAGUCGUGUUACACAGAGCAGACGUCAGCGAGGAAGAUCUUCACCCUGAGCAGCAGGAGUGGAACUCCAGCGUGGAGCAGGAGGCGCCACAGCCCCCCCACAUUAAAGUGAAAGAGGAGGGAGAGCAUCUUGAAGGAUUGGAGGAGUUCCCAGUGAUUGGUGUUCCUGUGAAGAAUGAAGAUGGUGAAGACAAAGUUGAAAGGGAGGAGAAGAAAGAGGUGGAGCCUUCAAGCAGCAGCUCAACUCAACACAUGACAACAGAAGCUGAUGGAGACCACUGUGGAGGAUCACAAGCAGACAACCUCUUAGCUCCACUAUCAGAUAGUGGCAACACAACGUCACACUCUCCUGGCCCUGAUGAUGAAGACUCUAAAGCUGUUUUGACAUGUCACACAGGAGAGAAACCAUUCAUCUGCUUAAUUUGUGGUAAAAAAUUUUGUCAUCGGGACAAUCUGAAAAGGCAUGCAAGAAUACACACUGGAGAACGAGCCUACUCCUGCUCAAUCUGCCACGCAAUUUUUAGUGUUCGCUCAGGGUUGAUGCAACACCUGAGAACACACACCGGUGAAAGACCUUUCCCGUGUUCAGUUUGCGGCGAAAGAUUCUCUCACAGGGGACAUUUGAAGAGACACGAAAGAACACACACUGGCGAGAAACCUUUUCCAUGUUCCCUUUGUGGUCUGAAAUUCUCUCGAAAUACCCAUUUAAUGACACACAUGAGGACUCACACGGGUGAGAAACCAUUUUCCUGCUCCUUUUGCGGCAAAAGAUUCUCACUCAAGGGGAAUUUGACGUCGCACGAAAGGAGACACACCGGCGAGAAAGUGUUCAGUUGCAGUCUGUGUGAUGAAAGGUUCUCUUACAAGUACCAGGUUAGCAAUCACAAGUGUGCUGGUUAGAUCAGCAGCCGUAGAAAACACAUAAGUGGCUUUAUUUGACAUUUGAUCAGUUCUGUUCAUAGAGAUGGAAGGCUGAGGAGUAGCGUUAAAGCACAGAUGAGACACGCACAACACAAAUCCUGGCAAUGACUCAUUAGAUCCAGUGUUUCCUUGUAAGUUGAAAUUCGUCAUAAAUAGAUUUGGCGCUAUCUGUUAGUGUAGUGCACCCUGCGAUUGACUGGCGACUGGUCCAGGGUGUAUCCCGCCUCUCACCUGAAGUCAGCUGGGAUAGGCUGGAGCAUACCCGCGAUUCUAGUGAGGAUGAGCGGCAUAGAAGACGAAUGAAUGAAUGAAUGAAUGAAUGUUAGUGUAAUGCAGUGGUUCUCAGUUAUUUUCUGUCAUACCCCCACUGGGGGACAGAAAUGUUUUUGCGCCCCCACCCGAUUCGAAAUACCAUCGAGAAACUGAUAAUAUUUAUUUAUUUAUCUUUGCUGUACAGACGGAACUCGGAACCAGUGAAAUGCAACAAAAUGGAGAGCAGUGAAGCAUGCAAGCAUAUUCAAGAGUCAAAUUCAGACAUGUUGGCAGGUCUGCACUAAUAUUGAAAAAUUCCCCCCUGCCUCUCAUCGACCUCCCACCCCCCCACAGUUGACGGCGUCAAAAGCACUGGUGUAAUGACACUUGCUGGUCGUCUUGUUCCGCUAAUAGUUGAUGUGAUGGCUCAAUAGCGCCCCCCUCUCAGACAUGGCCAAGGUGUUACUACAGCUGCCAGUUCAUAAGCCCUCUGGUUGAGUUGAGUAGAGACGCUAAUGCGACUUACUGUGCUUUGUAGGGUGUUGAAACCAGCAGUACGGUCCUGUCCAGUGCGCAUUACAUUCCACACCAGAUGUUAACGGUGUCCGCAACGUCCAUUAAGGCUCCUGUCCCUCAUUAACACACAACAAAACACAAACCAGAGUCAAGGAGGAAUGCAAGCGGGGGUUACCCUCGCCCAUAAGCAUGAUGCACCUGGUCUGUCGGAAUAACAAGACAGAGCAGGAGUGAUCGGUGUUGUCAGCGAUGGAGUAAUCAGAUUUUGACACGAAAGCAGGAGGGGCUCCCUCACCCAUCUAAAAGCGCUCACAGGCAGCUCCGUCUUGUUUGUGACAUUUUUUUAAAAACUAGUUCAUUUGUAUUUGAUUUGCUAUGUAUAGUUUUUACUCAAUGUUUGCUUAUGUAUAUUCGCCAUUUACAGUGUGCAAAUUUGACAAUUGCAUAGUUAUGUCAUUUUCUCCAUCGCCACAAAUAGAUUGCACUCCUGUGGGAAACACUGAAAUCCUAAUGCAGGGGUGUCCAAACUUUUUCCAGCGAGGGCCACAGAAAGAAAAAUAAAAGGAUGCCACUUGGUCACUUUGAUAUUUUGUAAAGCAACUGAGAAAUUAUACUGUAUAUAUUUCAAGAAAAUGACUGCAUCUCAGCUUUGUCAUACUUGUAUAAGUGACAAAGGUGACUUCACUCUUUUUACGCAUUUUUACUGUUUUUUUGAAAUAUUUCUAAAUAUUUCAACUUUCUUCAUAAAUAAUCUUUGUAAAUUUUGUAAUGUUAGGCAAUCAAAGCUUAUUUUAUUAAUAACCAGGCAGAUUAUUCCCUUAUGAGCAAUUGUUUCCUCUUCUAAAGUGGGAGAAACUUUCAGAGCUUUGCUUCGUCACAGUGCUUGCAUAUAAUCAAGUUCAAAUACGGCAACUUCAAAAUAAAACGCACAUCUCUUACAGGAACUAAGGCAUUUUCAAAUAAUAAUUACCAUUUCUUGCCAGUUUUAAAUGCUUAACUCAAAAUAGUCACAACACGUAAUAUUAUGACUUUAUUUGCAAAAUAUUUUAGAGUUUUUCCCGGACUUAAUUUUCCAAAAAUUACAACUUAGUUUUGUGUUGUUUCUCAUGAUAUUAUGACUUUUAAAAAAUAACUAAAAUUAUAAUUAAAAAAAUAUUCCAACUCUAUGCCACUGAAAUGAUAUUUUUCCCCCUAAUAUUACAAAGUUAUUCUCAUAAAAUUGCAACUUUUUUUCUUGUUAAAAUAAGACUUUUUUUUCCUUUUGAUAUUUUGACUUUAUUUUUGUAAAAUGACAGCUGCUUUUUCUAUUUCUGCUGGGGUUUUCUUCCAACAAUUUCAACUUUAUUGUAAAUUUUCUUCUUGUAAUUAUGACUUUAUUCCCAUCAUAUUUGGACUCUACCCUCGUAACAUAACUUUUCCCGCAACCUAAUCUUCCAAAAACUACAACUUUGUUGUUUUGUUUCUCAUAACAUUACGGCUUAUUUAAAAAAAUUGACAUUUUUCAUUAAUAUUUCAACUUUAUGCUACUAAAAUUACAUUAUUAUAUACAAUGUAAUCUCAUAAAAUGAUGACAUUUUCUUGUUAGAUUAAAACUUUUUUCUCUUAAUAUUUUUACUUUAUUCUUGUAAAAUUACUGCUGAUUUUUCCAAAUUUGCUGUUGUUGGUGGGGUUUUUUUGUUUGUUUUUUUUUAGUUUUCUUAUUAAAUUCUAUUUUUAGAAUAUGUCACAGGCCAAUAAAAAAAACAUCAGAGGGCCGGGAAUGGCCCCUGGGCUACAGUGUGGACACCCCUGUCCUAAUGUGAUUUUUAAAAAAAACAAAUGACUAAAAUUGCCGAAAAGGUCCUGCCAGCAGUGGUUUUGAUGAUCCUUUGUGUUACUUGUGUAGACGUGCGUGUUUAUACGGCAUCUAUUCUACUGCAACACAACUGGGCAUUUGUAUCAGAUUGCUAUCCACAUUGGAAGAGGCCUGAUUCAAAUCUGAGCCAAAUCUAAUUCAUUACACCGGCCUUAGAAUCUUUAUGAAUACACUUCUGAUCUUGUGUGAUAUUUCUUUCUUGCACACAUAUUCUCAUAUUUGCAAUGUAAAUGAAAUGAAUGCACUUUGCUUGUACGAGGUUAAAUAAAUGUAAUAUGUUAUUGUAAAUUAA